CCUUCUCCUCCUCGGCCGCCGGAGCUCGCCGAGUUGGUGCCGCUCCCCCUGGGCGCCACUUUCCCCCCGCCCCGGGGCUGAGCAGCCGCCGCCCCCCGGGACCCCCAUGGCACCGCCGCGAUGUUCGUGUCCCGGCUCCUGGAUUUCCAGAAGACGCGCUACGCCAGGUUCAUGAAUCACCGUGUCCCGUCCAACUGCAGGUACCAGCCCACGGAAUACGAGCACGCGGCCAACUGUGCCACCCACGCUUUCUGGAUCCUGCCCAGCAUCCUCGGCAGCUCCAUCCUCUACAUCCUCUCCGAUGACCAGUGGGAAACCAUCUCCGCCUGGAUCUAUGGCUUUGGCUUGUCCAGCCUCUUCAUUGUCUCCACCAUCUUCCACACCAUCUCCUGGAAGAAGAGGCACCUCAGGACUGUGGAGCACUGCCUGCACAUGUUUGACAGGAUGGUGAUCUACUUCUUCAUCGCCGCCUCCUACGCUCCCUGGUUGAACCUGAGGGAGUUGGGUCCCUGGGCCUCCCACAUGCGCUGGAUCAUCUGGAUCAUGGCAUCCAUCGGGACUGUCUAUGUUUUCUUCUUCCAUGAGCGAUACAAGCUGGUGGAGCUGGUGUGCUACGUUAUCAUGGGCUUCUUCCCUGCCUUGGUCAUCCUCUCCAUGCCCAACAGGGACGGCCUCCUGGAGCUGGUGGCCGGCGGCUUCUUCUACUGCCUGGGCAUGGUGUUCUUCAAGAGCGACGGGCGCAUCCCCUUCGCCCACGCCAUCUGGCACCUCUUCGUGGCCAUGGGGGCUGCCACACACUACUAUGCCAUCUGGAGGUACCUCUACCGGCCCGGAGCGCUGGACACCAAAACCUCCCGGUAGAAAAGCCUUAAAGACAUUGUUUGUGUCACCUGGCACGUGGGGACACAGAGGGCAGCGGGGACACAGCCUGCGCCGUGGGCUCGCCCCAAACCACCCCCUCGCCCCCUGGGCAGCAGCUGUUGGUGCCCUUCCCACACAGACAGGAGAGCCUGGAAGUGGAUUUGAAAUAUUUUUUGUUUUUAACUUUGGGAAGUGUUUAUUUUUUUUUAGGCAAAGGUUUCAGAACAUAGUGACUGACUGGGCUGUGGGUGAUGGGGGAGUGACCACUUGCUGGGAGCUCCGCUCACUCACCUGGUCUCGAGCAUCCCACGGGACUGGGAACCCACAUGCCCCUGGCUAUGACACCCUGGUUUUGUCUACUGGAGUCUUUAGCAUGUGCCACUGAGGGGACUGGGGGAGUCAGGAUGAGGGGAGAAACCCAGUGGUGGGGAGGGAUGUGGUGACACUCCUGUGCCACCUGGACUGGCUCCUAAAUAGUCCUAAGUCCUGUCAGCAUUAACAGCUCCAUGCCAAGUCCUUGAGGGGAUGGUCCAUACUCAACAAGCCUUACAAGAGAUCGAAACUUGAAUCUCUUCCAGGGCAUCCCAGUCCCUGAGCACUGGGAAACCCUUUCUCUAAGCCAAUAUUAAGUGCACAACUCAGUACAUCCCCAGGAUCCCCUAUGGACAUUUUCUCCCUGGAGUGCUUUUGGUUUUCCUCUCCAGCCUCGGUGCCAGUGGCAGCCUGAAGCACAGCCCUGCUCCCAGGCCCUGCUGCACGUGUGCCUUCAGCAGGGAGCAGAGCUGGGAUCCAGCUCCUGGCAUCUCCCUGACUGGGGUCAGCCCAUCCACUUCAGGGGAUUCCCUUCCUCCUCGAGGGAGGGAAGUGAACCUCCUCGGACUGGGAUCACGAGGCUAGCUGCCUUCUCUGCUCCCAUUUUGCUGAUGAACCUGUUGCUCACCAGAUUUAAUUCCACUUUUGGAAAGAUUUCUGGCAUUUCCAGGAUUGCUGCAGGGCAGGAAUGCAUCCACACAAAGCCUGGAUGUGAGCUGUGAUGGAGAGACCCCAGUGAUGCUCAGUCUUUAAACUGAGCAUGGCCACACAGUGCUAACACAUGGAACACCCACCCAGCUGCUGGGAGAAUGGGGAAACCACACCCGACCCUGCUCCCCGAACACCCUGGCAGAGCUGCUGGAGCCAGGAGGGUGUGGUGUGUGCUGGGCUGUGCCUUCACCUUCCCCAGCAGCCCCCAAAAGAAUCAAUUGCCCAUCACCUCUUUUUGGCCUUUGGUAAUCACAGCUGCAGCGUCUAGCACGAUGUGGCAAGUGAAGGAGAUUUAUGGCCACCAUCCCACACCUCCUGUUUCUCCAGCAGCAUUCCAGGGAGCUGAGCAGAGCUUAGGGCCCCCCAGCCUGUGGCACCCUGGGACUGGCUCUCCAGGGCUGUGCUAUUUUGCAGCAAAUUACCAAAGAGGAAGCAUCUGGAUACUCACCCCUGUGGAGGCUCUGGUUGCCAGGCUUGCAAAAAUAUCCAGUGGGUUUUCACUUCCAUGGGCAGAAGGUUCCUGUAAAAGGCUCUGGGAGCUGCACCCAGCACCCCAGCCUGGCAUGGGGCACCCCAAAGCAGCCUUUGGGCUGGGACUGCCCUUGGGGUGGUGGGUGGUGUUAGGGAUGGGGAUGAACGAGCUGGUGGGAGCCCAGACUCUGCUGCUGCCUCUGCCCAGCCCUGGCCCUGUCACCUGCUGCAGAUGGAGGGGUGCAGAAGGAUGAGCUGUGAGUCACCAGCAGUUGAUGGAGCAUGCCUGGGGUUGGAAUAGCAGGAUACAGAGGUCCCAGAGCAGGAGAUGCCAUACUUUCUGUCUGGCAAGUCAUUACCCUCCUCUGUGCCUCUGUUUCCCCAUCUGUAAAAUGGGGGAGAAGACCCUGACCUACCUCACAGGGUUUGUGUGAGGACCCUGUGAAGCACUUGGAGGGCAGCCAGAGCUUCACAAAGACCUGCUUCAGAUUUCACUGAGUCUGGGGGAGCAGGCUCCCAGAGCCACUGUGGGGCACGGUGACAACUUCAGCUUCGUGUGUGUGCCUGGCUCUCCUCCCCCUCUGUCACCGAAUCCCACAGGGAGCCACUCUGGGGCCAGCCCAUGCAAACAGCAGUCCCAGCCACAGGCAGAUGUCCCCUGGCAGGGGCUGAGGAUGCCCAGGGACACCACCGUGUUUUGCCCAAGGGAUUUAUCUCAGAAACUGUUUUGCCAUUGAGGUCUUUUGGCCCUGACUCAGUCCCAAGGGCUCCUGAGGCACAGGGAGGUGCCAGAAGGAUCUUUCUGAGGUUGCUUCAUCUCUGUCUCCUGCUGAAAAUCCAGCGCAGGACAGAUGCCCAGGCAGGAAUGGAUGGCUGAGCUCUGUUGGGGACAUCACCACCCUGCCUUCAGGCCGGAUUUGCAGAGUGGGCUUCUCUGUAAUUGAGAGGCUCCCCCUCUUCUCUUGCUCCUAAAUCCUCCCCUUGCAAAGCAUGGGGGACACAGAGCAAGUUAUCGGAUUGUCCUCCUAUUUUAUACUAAUUUUAAAUGACUCGUAACAUUCAGGAUGUUUGUGGAGGAGGGCUCGAGGGAUCUUUUUAGCAUCUCAUGUUUUUCACCAUCCAUCCUUGUUCAAUCAGUAUUUUAUAUUUAACACAGUAUUGGGUCAAAUACAAACAAAUGUAAGGAAGAUAACGCUAGUGGAUAUUGUUUCCUGUGGAGUAGGAUCGAAAUAAAAACUCAAGAUACCUCACUCUUGCCUGCUUGUUAAAUCCAAAUUAGUUCCCCUGCAGCAUCUGGAAAUAAACUCAUUUUCUGUCUGACUCAUCCCACAUGGCUUUGCUCCCUGGUGAGGAGAGGAGUCACUCAGCCAACUGCAGGGUGCUGGGAUGCUGAGCACUGACUCACCUUGGUGCAGGGAUGCCAUUGCCACUGCUGAACAAACAAACAAACAAUCAAACAAACAAGCAAUCAAACAAAUCAGUGAGUUUGCUGACAGUGCCCCUGUGCCCAGAGAUUCUGGCUGAAAGCCUCAGCAACCUCUCACCACAGCAGCUCCAGCACAGAGCCCUCCGUUCCUGCUGCAGCCCUGUUUCCUCUCCGCUGUGGCUGAGUCAGAAGCUGAGGUGUGGAGCCCCAGGCUGGCACUGCAGGGGGAUGGAAGAUGCCAGAGCCACGGAGGAGGAGAAAAUCUGUGCCAGACUGGGCAGAGGGCAAGCACAGCUCCCUGCUGACCCCACAGGGGAAACCCACCAUCACCCAGCAGCUCCCACCCGCCUCUCCCGAGGGCACUGGCUCCUCUUGGAGGGGGAGAAUUUCUCCCACGCUGGAGCUGCCUGCCCUGGCCUCUGCACAUCCAUUGUGUGCCCUCUCUGCCAUAAUUACACAGGGCUGAAUUCCCCCCAGGCUGCCAUGCUCAGCGCCUUUCCCAGAAAGCCAGGGAGGGUUCCCCGUUUCCAGGGGCAGCUGAACUCACCCCGAAACCUGACCCACAACUUCCACCUCGCCCAUCUUUGCUUUGCUGCUGGCAACUGGGCUGGACUGGGAGGCCUCCUGACUCUGCUUUGCUGCUGUCAUUCCCAGAGGGUGUCUGGGUGGCAGAACUGCUUUCCCACCCAGAGCACCCCUGGACAGGGAAACACUCCUUUUUGGAAGGGAGACAUUUUCACCAAGGGAAGCAGGGCAUCAGUGUCCAUCUCAACUUAAAAACCUGCCCAGUGCAGUAAUGAUCCAUCCCUUACUCCUUCCAGGCACCAGCCUGUGUGCACCCUCAGCAGUGUCCAGGUCAGCUCUGGAGCUGGUUUGAUAAAACCUGUUUGGCCAAAGGCAGCCUGUGCAGCCGAGGUGCUGCUGCCUCCAGAGCCCUGCCUGGCUCGCUCCUGGCAUUUUCACAGAAUCCUAGAAAGACUUGGGUUGGAAGGAAUCUUAAAGUUCAUCUUGUUCCAGCCCUUGCCAUGGGCAAGGACACCUUCCUCUAGACCUGAUCAAAGUCACCUCCAACACGGCCUGGAAUAGUUCCAGGGAUGGGGCAGCCACAGCUUCUCCAGGCAAUGUGUUCCAGGACCUCCCCACCCUCACAGGCAAGAAUUUAUACUCAAUAUUCCAUCUAACCCUGCCCUCUGUCCUGUCACUCCAUGCCCAAAGUCCCUCUCUAUCUUUCUUGGAGCCCCUUUAGGCACUAGAAGAGGCUCUAAGCUCUCCCUUGAGCCUUGUCUCCUACAGAGCCUGGCUCCACAGGAAAGGUGCUCCAGCCCUGGGAGCACCUUUGUGGCCUCACUCCAACGGCUCCAAAUCUUCCUGUGCUGAAGACCCCAGUGCUGUGUGCAGCACCCCAGGUGGGGUCUCAGAGAGUGGGGAGAGGGGGCAGAACCCCCAUCCCACACCCUAACCCCUCCUCAGUGAUGACUCUUCCCUCA